AAAUCUCACGGGGACGCGCGUGGAGGUGAGCGGUGUGUUCCCUCCCUCACAAGCGAGCCGAGCGCGGCCGAGGUGAGAUCGCUGCUGCUCGGAGGGAGCUGUCCGCUCUGCCGUGCUGCUCCACUCUACUUCUUCUUCUCCUCUGUCCUCCACGCGUGACACUUGCACCGCGGAUUAACCACCUCCAUUUGGGUGCAAACUUCCACUCCUGUGGACGCGCCUACAUUGUUAAACCAAGGGAGAUUUUCACUCGGAUUGCUUUUCUUGCACUUUGCAUGCAAAACGCGUGUGGAUUAUUUCUUCUGUGGAGCCCCCACGCGUGGACGCACAGAUCUAUCUUCACCAUCACUGUUUGUGUUUGGACAGGACAGCACCGAUGGCGGCGGGCAGAUGGUGUUACACGGCCUUCCUGCUGGUGGCGGUGCUCGGCGCUGACGGGAAGCCCACCGACGACGGAUUGGUGUCGCCGCCCUAUCGACCAGUCUUGAGAUUCAGACAUAAGGAUGGAAUCCCUGGCAGCUUAAGGAUGAAGGGUCUGAUGGGCCACAUUGGAAACGCCAACGCCUGCGAGCACAAGUACUGCGGCCUGGGCCGUCGCUGCGCUGUCAACCACGCCACGGGCCAAGGCGAGUGCAACUGUCUGGACCGCUGCAAAGACCACUACAAGCCCGUGUGCGGCUCGGACGGGAAGCUCUACCCCAACCACUGCGAGCUGCACCGCGCCUCCUGCUUGGAGCGCCGCAGGAUCACCAUCGUGCACGGCGAGGAGUGCUUCUACAAAGAUGACAACUGCAGGCUGAGCGACUACCGAAGGCUCAAAGCCAAGAUGCUGGACCUCUACGACAAAAGACACGCGGGUUCCAAGGUUCACGGGGUCCACAGGGACAACAUGGCCGCCAGGAAGCAACUGGUCGAUAAGAUGUUCAAAGGCUUCGAUGCCGACAGCAAUGGGCAAAUCUCAACAGGAGAAAUUUCACAGGUCAUCAAGCACGAGGGUUUCUCCAAGGACGUGGGCGAGUGCUCGUUGUUCGAUCUGCUCAAGUACAGCGACGUGGACGAUGAUGAGCGGCUGACAAAGGAGGAGUUCUACACCGCCUUUGACGUGUACCUGCUUGACCUUCCGGACCACCAGAGGGUGGCGGUGAAAACCGUAACCGUCGGCCAGAGCGCCGUGCUGACGUGCGCCAUCACGGGCGAGCGCCGGCCGCCAAUCCUGUGGAGGAGGAACCGUCAGUAUCUCAACUCCCUGAACCUGGACGACAUCAACAUCCCGCCUCAGGACUUUGGCGACGACGGCUCAUUGUACUUCACCAAGGUGACCACCGCCCACAUGGGCAAUUACACCUGCCACGCUGACGGCUACGACGCGCUCUUUCAGACCCACACUCUACAAGUCGACGUUCCCCCCGUCAUCCGGGUGUACCCAGAGACCCAAGCCAGGGAGCCGGGCGUCACCGCCAGCCUACGCUGCCAUGCUGAGGGCAUCCCCCGCCCCCAGCUGACCUGGCUGAAGAACGGAAUGGACAUCACACCCAAGCUGUCCAAGCAACUCACCCUGCAAGCUAAUGGGAGCGAGGUGCACAUCAGCAACGUGCACUUUGAGGACACCGGUGCUUACACCUGCAUCGCCAAAAACGAGGCGGGCGUGGAUGAGGACAUCUCUUCGCUGUUUGUGGAAGACUCGGCACGCAAAACCUUGGCCAACAUUUUGUGGCGGGAAGAAGGGCUGGGUAUCGUGAACAUGUUCUACGUCUUCUACGAGGAUGGCAUUAAAGUCGUGGAGCCGGUGGCGUGCGAGAUCCAGCGCCAUAUCAAGCCCAGCGAGAAGCUGCUGGCUCUGCAGGAAGAGGUGUGUCCCGCCUUGGAAGAUGACACGGUCCAGAAGUGUGUGUGGUCCUCAGCAGUCAACGUGAAGGACAAAUUUAUUUACGCAGCUCAGCCGACCUUGGAUCGAGUGCUCAUAGUGGACAUCCAGUCUCAGAAAGCUGUCCAGACGGUCAGCACUGACCCGUACCCUGUGAAGCUGCACUACGACAAGUCUCGAGACUCGGUGUGGCUCCUCAGCUGGGGGGACAGGCAGAAGAACUUCCCUACGCUGCAGGUGAUUAAUCAGGCCAGUGGAAGAGUCUCCCAUCACACCGUCCACACGCAGCCGGUCGGAAGGCGCAUCGACCGAGUGGACGACUUCUUCAUUCCUUCGUCCAGCCUCAUCGACAACCACAUCAGAUUUGGCCUCAUCUUUCACCGAAAUGAGCCUGUCCUCCACAAGAUCGACUUGGAGACGCUGGCCUAUGUGAAAAACAUCAGCCUGCGGGAUUUCAACUGCGUCCCCAAGUCUGUGGCCUACACCCACCUGGGAGGCUACUACUUUGUCAACUGCCGGCCCGACUCCACCGGCGCCAACCGUCCUCAAAUUAUUGUGGACAGCGUGACGGAAAGCGUGGUUGGACAGAACCGCGAUGUCAUCGGAACGCCCUACGUGUCUCCGGACGGCCGCUACCUGGUCACCGUUGACGACGGCGACGGCCUGAUGAGGAUCCAGACCAUCUCAGAGCGCGGGCAGAUCAGGGAGCCGUAUGACAUCCACACCAACCUCCACAUCUCCGACCUGGCCUUCCAGCGCUCCUUCACGGAAACUCACCAGUACAACGUGUUCGGAAGCUCCGGCCGCCAAACUGACGUUCUCUUUGUGGAGCUGAGCAGUGGCAAAGUGAAGAUGAUCAAGAGCUUGAAAGAGGCCAUCAAGGCUUACGAGUGGCCGUGGAGCAGUAAGAACAGGGUCAUGGUGGGCGGCGGCGUCUUCGGCCAGUACCUCAUGACCCCGUCAUGGGAGUCACUCUUCAUCCUGGACGGGCGGCUUAACAAGCUCAACUGUGAGAUCACCGACGUCGUCAAGGGCAACGUGCUGGCGUGGGUGGGGGAGUCUUAAGCCAGCACGCUGAUGAGUUUUCCUCAGAAGGCACUGUUGCACUGAAUUCCUGUCGUUUUUAGAAUUUUGUGGGUGUGCAAGAGCAAGCGUCACUAUUUGAAAAAACAAAUUGAUCACGUGGAGGUCUACGGAUGACCGAUCCAAAAACGAUACCAUUCCAGAAAAUGUGCCAGUUAAUCACUGAGCUCUAUUUAAUGAUGCAAAUACCUUAUAAGAUCUGAGCUGGAUAGAUCAAGAUUGUCUCUUUUAACUUCAACCAUCCCAAACUUUUCUUCCCGUGCCUUCAAGUAAAAAUCCCCCCUCCUUCAGAGGAAUCCAUGUAAUUAUUCCCGGUGCGCCUGCAGACUACGCUGCUUGCAUCGACCCGUCCGUUCACGUCGUGGCAGAUCUGCUGCUCUUUUCUAUGCGCCUGAUUAAACGGAGCCUGCGCUGUGAUCCCAUCCAGUUUGAAGUGGCGCCCGAGAGCUUCAUUACGACCGGGCGCUCUCUAACCUUUAAUCCCCAAUUAUAACCAGCGUUUGGGAAGUUUUCAUUUCAGCCCCAAGCGGGGAAAAUCAAAGUGGACCGUUAUGCCACUUUAUGGAAAUUUAAAUAUGAAUUGAAAAAAAAAGCAUUAAAACUUCCAAACUUCCCAAAAAUUUCCAAACGGAAAUGGAAUUAGGUGACAACAGGAAGAUCACGAGGAUGCUUUAGCAGUGUGGAUAUGUGUGGUGUAAUGUGUAUUGAAGGCGGGCUUUGAUAGUGAGGCAACAAAGCAGUUGUAACAACUGAACACCUUUCUAUGCAUUAACAACCUUAGAACCCCAACGAGCAACUGGAUGGCACACUUAGAGUGGACUUUUGACGUGAACGUUGGACAUAUAUAAAGUCAAUCUGUCUUUUCCCGACUUCCAUCGGUACAUCACGUUGCAACCUUUCUCUUUCCGUCCCCAGCGGCUGGUCCAGUGACUCCAUUACGGCUGUACAGAUUUGAAGCUGGCCAUUUUCUAAUCAAAUACUGUGCUCAAUCCUUGUUAAGAUAAGACUAGCGUCUUCAUCAACUAGCUCUAGCGCUUUCACGUCCGUGUAGUCAUGUCUUGUGUGCGUGUCCCCUUGGUGCGAUUGCUAUUUAUAUAGAAACGCUUGUCAUUUUACCCACCAAUAAAACUCUACAAAUGAAA